AUGUUUGAUACACCGAUGUCCAACGAUGGGAUCCGCGACAUUCUUUUCCAACUCUCGCCCCUAAUUCGAACAUCUGCUCGAUUGUCUUUGCAUGCGCGCGCAUGUAAGUUGAGCGACCUCCCCUCCUCACCCGCCGUCUUGACGCGUUCGCUCGUGUCUCUGUUUCCUCGUAUCUUCAUGCAGCCAUCUGCGGUUAGUACGAGUGACAAGCCUACGCCUGUUAAAAUGUGGACAUUGCGAGAAAACGCGAUUGGACAAGACUUUGAACGACCGGUUUGGGCGGUUUUUGCAAGUCAUGAAGAGGUACGAAUUUCUUUUCGUGUUGACCCCCUCUUUCUUUUUUGCCGGCCCUCUACUACUCCAUUACAUUACGAAGAGCAGUGGCUAGCUGGGCUGCGUAGGAAUGCAAUUGCGAUUGUGCGGCCGUUUGUAGGAAAACGCGCAGAUAGACCGGCACCGUUCGUGUAUCCCUUCCUGGGACGCGAUUCGUUCUCACUUUACGUACCGAGGAACCGGAUUUUCUUGUUCGGUGUUCUCGGAACUGAGGACUUCGGAGUAAAGAGCGCGUUGCCUGGGAACAUAUCGAAGGUUUCUGUGAUCACCGAUCUUUCCGGUUGGGAUGGGAAGAAGGAUUUGGGCGGCGGUCAUACCGCGCGUCUAGCGAAGCAUCAGUCGCCGCUUCAUCGAUCUUCUGUUGCUUCUUUUACUCCAUUCAACUCUGCUUGCGCGGCAAUCUCGCUCUCCGCGUAUGACGCUUUGGCUGGUCAUAGGGUGACUGUCGUGCCAGCGCUUGAGUCUGAGCUGGAACCCUUCUCAAAGCUUCAGUCUUUCGACACGCGGUUGUUUUCAUCUGGCUUGGCACUGAAUCGUACGACUCAAUCCGCAGUGAUGGGCGCACAGUCACUCCUGCGUUAUCCGCCAUCUCCUACGUCGACCAAUGGAACUGGGGCGGAGACGGAAGCGGAACUAUUCUUCCCAGACGCCCAAGAUGACUUGGAUGCUGCGUAUGGACUCGGACACGCUUUUGUCCAAUCCCAAGGCCUCGGGUAUGGAUCGGGGAACAACGAUAUGGUGAUGUCAGCAAUGAGCGAGCAGCCAAUGCACGCCAUGCAGGCGUUGCAAGUGAUGCAGGCUUGCGGGUUUACCCUUUCCUCGAAUCCGCCAAAAGCACGAACCGGAUUCCGACACGGUGAUUGGAUCUGUGCCGUCCCUGCCUGCGGUGCUCAUAAUUUUGGCCGCAACGUCACUUGCAUUCAAUGUGCCGCGCCGCGCUCGACGAAUCUCGGGCUGAUGAAUAAUGGCCACGUUAACUCGAUUACUUGCGCGAAUGGCCCUCUUACUGCACAAGGCAGCUCAGUCACAACCACUGGCAUGCGCAACAUGUCCCCCCGUUUUGCCAACCCCAUGAAUGUCCAAUCGCAAGUGCUGAUGCAGGCUCAAGCAUACCAGCUUCAACAGCAACGGCAGCAGCUCUCGAAAGCGCAGCUACAGGCCCAAGCUCAAGCGCAAGCGCAUCCCCUCCUUACGCCAAGCGGACGAGCGUUUGCUGUUGGCGGAAAGGUGCAAAACAUCUCCCCCGACCCUCUCGCGCCUUGCAUCAUGUUUUGGCCCGACAACGAACCGUUUCCCGACCCUGGACAGAUCAGACCCGCGUCCCUUUCUAAUGUUCAUCAACCACCGAUCAUGAACACAGGGAACAAGGGCCCUAUCGAGAAGCAACCCGGUGAUUGGGUUUGCCAUAAAUGUGAAUAUCUGAACUGGAGGCGGCGUAAAGUGUGCCAAACUUGCUUCCCUUAUGCCGAAGGUAAUGGUGACUCGAUAUCUGCUACAAUGCACGCUGAGCGCCUAGCGCUUCUUGCUGCGGUCUAUGGACAGUCUCAUCCACAGAUCAUGAAUGCACACGCAGAGGCCGCCCUUCAGUUCCCGGCACAUGCGCAGAACUUUGUUUCGCUCCCGGUUACUCAGGCUUCAGCACAGCAGGUAUCUGCUUCGCAGAUGGCUUCACUCUCUUCACUCCCCAAUAUCCCCUUCACUGUCCCAUCUUCUUCUCACCGCAGUCAACUCCCUUCUGCGCCCGCCCCUGUACGAGUUCCCGUAAUGCCUGGCCUUUCCGUAUCUACAUCUUCUGCGAACCUUCGCGCGACGGCUGCGGGACCUAUAAGCGGGACGAAUCACCCUUCUGUGACACAACGCUCUGUAUCGACUCCUGAGUCUUCACUCGGAGGUGGGAACAUAGUCUAUCAGACUCCGCCUUCCCCCGCUGUCGCGCGUCCGCCGCUAUCCAUCUCCAGUGCACUUGCUCACACAUCUGGUCAAGCUUCCCCUCAUUCUGCUUCACCAGCCCUCGCUGGCUCUUUCCUUCCGUCAUUUUUUAAGAACGAAAUACAGCCUUUCCGCGUUAUCUCUCGUCCACAUGCAAACGUAACUCAAGGUUCAGGGACUGGUUCACGCACCCCAGCUUCUCUCUCCCCCGCCUCAUCGGCGAGUGCGGACUUACCGUUCGACGAGCAUGAUGGCCCCGCAAAGCCUGUUGGGGUCAUUGGCAGCGGCAGGAAGUCUAGUUUCUAUGCUCAUCCUCGAGGAGCCGGCUCGGGUUCAUCGAUGGGUUCAUCAUCAAGCCUAACACUUGCUGGUGGUAGCAUAUGGAGUCUUGACCGUGAUGAAGAUAAGACGUGGAACAAUGGCAAUGGCAUAAUUUCUGCCGCGGAAGCUAUGAAGGGAUUGACUCUAUGAGGAGUCCUCUGUUUCUUUUAUCCAUCUUGCUGUGAUCAUAUUUCUUUCCUUGUGCUUAUCUGCUGCUGUUACAUUGAACCAAUCCUAUUUAUGCUGUAUCCUGGAUUUUUGAAGUUUUACCUCAAGAGAUUUACCCGAUAAUCGCGCGCUUACACUGCGCAAAGUACCGUAUAUUCAAACAAUCGACCCAUGGCAGUCCUGCGCCACCCAAAACAAAGUCGAAAUUGUGGACAUGGAGCUGCUCCGAAUGAAAUGCACUUAUCGUGACCCGGCAUACGUUGCCGGUGGAUGGAAAUGGGAUAAAUUAAAUUAUUUUUCGCCUCAGUUGACUGUUCUUUUCAGUUGCCCCUAUACGUGUCUCUGUCUGCUUAUCUUCUCGUCUUUCUUCUUUCCGCAUUUGACGAUAGCUCUUGCGAUUCUCACCUCGAAAUACAAAUAGCAUGCCCGGUGGGAAGGAUAUUUUCUUUUACCCAUUCUGUCUUUCUAUCCGUGACCAUAUCGUAUCUUAUCAUUCCUGACUCCGAAAAGAACUGACUGACUGUGGUGCUUGUGUCUCUUUACUUUUAUCCUUACCCGAUCUGUUUCCGCUUUUCAUGUUUCCCUUUCUUGAUCCGUACGCGCUUCUGGUUGUUUCGUGCCGCAUCGUUCUUGCACCCCAC